UAGGCGUUUAUAAAAGUCUUCUUCUUCUCAUACGUGUAGCACUCUGUACACAUGCUAUUCUGUAGGUGUAAUGACAAACAGAAUAUGCAUUCUUGGAGGAGGUAUAACAGGGCUUUCUACUGCUUGGCAACUGUCCAAAAUUGUUUCCUCCGCUACCGAGAUAUUAGUUAUUGAGAAAAGAGCCGAGCUUGGAGGCUGCAUUCGUACCGUAAGGGCUAACUUGAAUGAAGGCUUAGAGAGUAAAGCUAGUGAGGUCUUAAUCCUCGAACAAGGGCCCCAUACUAUACGUACUUCUGGUAAUUUACAGUAUCCUCUCUAUGAAUUACUCGCUUCCUUAAAUAUGCAGGAGCAGAUUUUAAAAGCAACUUCUAAUUCUAGCAUAAGGUACGUUGCCCAUAAAAAUCAAAUAGUACCGCUCCCCCAUAGCAUUAGCGGUUUCCUUUUUACUUCUAUUGGACGAAAACUUCUGAUAGCAGUUCUCCACGACUUGAAAAGAUUUUGGAGGUUCCCUUUUUCUCGACGUUCGUUGCCCGAUGAAUCCGUACACCAGUUUGCCUCUCGCCAAUUUGGGCGGCAGUUCGCCAAUCUUUUUAUGUCAGCUUUGGUCCGUGGAAUCUACGCCGGUGAUGCCAAGUUACUCUCUGUGCGCGCUUGUUUUCCUUUUUUAGUUAGUUGGGAAGAAAAGUACAGCAGCGUCACCAUCGGAGCAUUAUUGUCGUUUUUGGGUGGAAAAACAAGAAUAAAUGAUCACCAGAGUGACGUGGAAGCAACGCGGCGACUUGAAGGACACAUGGAACGCUCCCGCCCUUUUUCCUUCAAAGGGGGAAUGUUUGCAUUGGUGGAGGCGUUGGAAAACUAUCUUUUGGCCCAAAAGAACAUUUCUGUACUGAAAGAACACGAGUGCACGAAUAUUGAAUAUCUUCCGUCGGAAAGUUUCUACAGACUAUCCUUCAGAAAUAAGCAGUGCCAAGUAAAAACUUUUGAUGUUCAGAAAUUGGUUUGCUCUAUUCCCGCGCAUUCGCUUACAAAACUUUUACUGCCCACGAGCUCUACGCUCCACCGGUUAAUUACGUUACUGGCCUCUAUUAAGUUUUGCAAUCUAGCAGUAAUUAAUGUGGCUUUUAGUUCUAGAGUUGUGCUUCAUAAGGCGUUUGGUUUUCUUGUGCCCUCCGUUGGUGACGAGUCUUCGUUGCUUGGUGUUAUUUUCCACUCGCAGCUUUUCCCUGCACAGUGCUCUUCGCAGCACGAGCGUCUAACGCUGAUGAUGAACGUUGCUUCUAACGAGCAUGUCUAUACACGUGACUUAGAACAGCGCGCCCUCGCCCAGCUGAAGAGUUAUCUACCAAUAACUGAGGCGCCCUCUUUUGUAAAAGGACGGAUCCUCAAAAAUUGUAUCCCCCAAUAUGAAGUCGGCCACUUGGAAAAAAUAAAGUUAAUUUUUGAUUUGGUAACUCGGGAAUUCGGAGAAAACUUUAUACUCACAGGCAAUUCCUACUUUGGUGUUUCGGUUCCUCACUGUAUGAAAGAAGGAGUUGAGGCAGCAAACAAAGUCAUUUAAAUAUUCAGCAAAAGUCAAAGUAAUUUAGAGUAAAUAAAUUUGUAAUAAAUUUUAA